GAAAGAUGUAGAAAAAACCACAAUUCUUUCUCUGCGGCGGGGAGUCGGAUUCUCGUCGGGGGUUAGGGCUCGCCGGCGUCGAACUUUUAUGAUUGGUGCCACACCCGCAUUAAUGUGUAAAGUGUACAAAUAACAACAUAAUAGCCAUUACAAGCAAGCAGGAAUAUGGAUUAUCAGAAUAGAGCGGGCUCAAAGAAAGGAGGUGGAGGUGUUGCAGGUUUCAGUGAAACAAACGCAGACCGGCGCGAGCGGUUAAGAAAGCUAGCGCUUGAGACGAUUGAUAUUGAGAAAGAUCCGUAUUUUUUCAAGAAUCACUUGGGAUCAUUUGAAUGCAAACUUUGCCUGUCGAUUCAUCUCAGUGAUGGCUCAUAUCUGGCGCACACGCAAGGACGGAAGCAUCAGACUAAUCUCGCUCGCCGCGCGGCAAGAGACCAGAGAGAGGGAAGAACAGAUACUUUACUGCUCACAAACGGAACCAGUGAGACGGCAGGUGUUGGCGCCAGUUCGAUCCAAGUAAAGAAGAACCUCGUGAAAAUUGGACGACCAGGCUACAGAAUCACAAAGAUCAGAGAUCCGGUCACCCGGCAACAGGGAUUGAGAUUCCAACUCCAAUACCCUGAAAUCACAACGGAGAUCAAACCAAGACAUCGAUUUAUGAGCGCUUUCGAGCAGCUUGUGGAGAACGCCAAUGACAACAAACGGUUUCAAUAUCUCUUGGUCGCCGCGGAGCCGUAUGAGACUGUGGCAUUCAAGAUCCCUAACAAGGAGAUUGACAGAAGGCCGGGAAAAUUUUGGACUCACUAUGACCAGGAUACAAACGAGUAUUUCCUGCAACUUGUGUUCAAGGUCGAAAAUAAUGACCGGUAUAAUGGUGUGCCUGGGUUAAGGUAGAGGUUAUUACGAUAUGUUGCUAUUACGAGUAUGUACGAUAUGAAGAAUAAGAAGGUCAACCUCGGUAAUCAUCACUGUUUAAUUUGCAGUACCUCCAGUAGAAACCAUACGUCCUCUGAUAAUGAUGCUCGAGUACUGGAAUAACAUCC